CAUCGUUUCGCAGUGGCUUCCUCGAAGAGCAAAGGAUUUUAGGUCCGUCGAGGCGUUGGGUUGGGGGGAGAGUGUACCAGCAAAGCCUGUGUGAGUGUGUCACCCAAAUCCCAAAAUUGUUAAAAACUCUUCAUCUCCCGCUCACGCCAUGCCAGGGGAAGAUAUGGACCGUCGAAAAGAGAGGAUGAAAAAUGAAUGUAAAAAGAUUAUGGAUAGCAUAAACUCAAUGUCAUUUGUAAAUCUAGAUGAUCAACGAGUGCAAUCACUCGUGAUGAUGAGGGAAAUAGCUCGUGGAGUUGUCCAUAACCGAGUUGAAAAGGUUACUAAGAGUGAUGUGAAAAGGGCAUUGUCCUCGAGUAUCGAGAAGAUGGUAGGUUCGUGCAGGGAUGUCAUUGGCAUUCUAAGUAGGAUGUCCUGUGAAGGCUUGGAUGACCAGCAAUUGCAAUCAUUAAUGCAGAUGAAAGAAAUUGCAUUGGGGAUUGUUAAUAAACGAGCUAAAGUGGCAACAACCGAGCAUCGUGAACAUGGAGAAUUGGUUGAUGGAACUGAUUUACAGAUUGUAGAGAAUGAGGAAAAUGGGGUAAUGAGCAUCAAAGAUGUUGACAUUGGAGAAGUACAAAGAAUAACGUUUGCAGAUGAACUGCUGGAGGAGGAAUCAAAGUUAAAUCACAAUGAUGGUCAGAAUGAGGAUAACAGAAGCAUUGUGGGUGAAGAAACAAAUACAGUCAAUGGGGAUGUCCAGAUUGAAGGGGCAGAAGGGAUGAUGCUUGGAGACAUACAUCUAGAGGUGGAUACUAUUUCAAGAAAUGCAGAUGGUCAAAAUGAGCUCCAGGAAAGCUUCGCUAGUGGGGAAAGAGAUGCUCGUGAUGAAGUGCAGAUUGGACAAGUAGAAGGGAUGAUGUUUGAGGAUGAGCAACUGGUGGUGGAGGCUGAGUUCAGAACUGAAGACGGUCAGAAUGAGCUGCAAGACAGCCUGCUUUGUGGGGCAUCUCAAACAUGCAAUGAGAAUGCGCAGAUAAAAGGUGUCAAAUAUGAGCCACAGGAUGUAGAAGAUGAAUUGAAAAAUGGAGAUUGUAAGAAUGAGGUGGCUCAAUUGUUGUUACCGUCAUCCCUUCGGCGCUCUCUUGCCUGGCCUCCCGGUGGCAGGAUAACGUUAGAGUGGGUAAAGGACAUGAUGUCCACCCUCGAGCAGUUCACAAAGGAGGACUCACCAUCAGAAUUUUCGUCUGUCAUGCCACUUGAUGUGGUUGAUAAAUUAAUUAAUACUGCUUCAAGUAUUCUAAUCAUGGAACCAAACUGUGUGGAAGUUGGUUGUGACGGAGAAGAUUCGAGAGUUGUUGUAGUUGGUGAUAUUCAUGGACAGUUUCAUGAUCUACUCAAUCUCUUUAAACUUGCUGGAUUGCCCUCUGAGAACCAAUUUUAUGUUUUCAAUGGAAAUUAUGUAGAUAAAGGAGCAUGGGGAUUGGAGGUUUUCACUGUCUUGUUGGCUUGGAAGGUUUUGAUGCCUUCUACAGUAUGUCUACUACGUGGAAAUCACGAGUCCAAACAUUGCACGUCAAGAUAUGGUUUUGAGCAAGAGGUCAGGGCCAAAUUUGGUGAUCAAGGUGAAUAUGUUUACAAUAAGUGCCUGGAAUGCUUUAAAGAGCUCCCUUUGGCCUCUGUAAUAGCAAGUUGUGUAUACACUACUCAUGGAGGGCCUUUCCGAAGUGUACACUCUGCCUCUUUCCAAAGGUCGAAGAGGAAGAGGACACAAAAGCUGGAACUCGGUUCAUUGGAAGACUUGUCUAUAAUAAAAAGAUCUUUUAUAGAUGCUCCGAGUAGAGGUUCGCAUGUAGUAUUGACUGAUAUACUGUGGUCAGAUCCAUCAAAGGAAGAUGGUCUAGCAGAGAAUGCAGAUGAAGGAUUGGGUUUGUGGUGGGGUCCUGAUUGCACUGAGGCUUUUUUAAAACAAUCCAAGUUAAAGUUGAUCAUAAGAUCACAUGAAGGCCCCGACGCAAGGGCUGGUCAGGAUGAUUUUGGAGAUAUGCUAUGUGGGUACAGCACAGAUCAUGUUGGAGAAUCAGGGAAACUAUACACUUUGUUUAGUGCGCCAGAUUACCCACAGUUUGGUGAAAAGAGGUAUAAUAAUGAUGGAGCAUAUGCUGUAUUGAAGCCCCCUCAUUUCGAAAAUCCUUCUUUCCACUCAUUCAAAGCCGUAGAAAGACCAAAGGUGGAUCCUUUUGUUGCUGUGGAUAUUGAAGACGUAACCUAUACCGGUGAACGGGAAUGGACUUCAAUGAUGAGAGUUCCAGCUGGGAUGAGCUCUAGAAUUGACUUUGAGGCAUUGGGCAUUUCAAAUCCCCCUUCGUGGAGUGUUUUAUUGACAGAUGAUACAGGUGGCACCCAAGUUGUCGAAGUUCCAAAGGCUCCGGUGGUGGAAGGACUGCCUCUGUCUUCCAACUUGCAGGAGCCUCACAAGGCUGCAUAUGAGUACUUCUUGGAGCUUAUAGCUGCCCUGAAGCAUAUGCUUUCGACAAGAGUGAUUGAGAAAGGGAACUGCGAGUCAUUUGUACAGAGGCGACAAAAUUAGGUGAACUUGAAGAUAGUGUAGUGUACAUGAAAACAUGCCAUUAAACUACCAAACAUACAAUCAUUGGUAUUGGUGCUGUUUUAAAAAAAAUAAAAAAAAAAUACGACGAAGUAAGAUUUGUUUGUAUAGAAAAUUUUUGGUUCAUGUGAUUAGAAUGCAAAUUACCAGGCAAUAGAAAGACUGUCAUCAAUUCCAACAAA